AUGAUAUGCUGCCUCGUGGUGCAGGUCAACUACUUGGAGCAGCUCUCGGCUGCCGGUUGGUUGACAACAGAAGACAAAUCCGCAAUUGUGACCCCACUUCAGCGCGUGGUAUCAUUUCAGCAGGAGCUGGUGCGACAGCUUGACUCCAAAAUACAGAUCACCAGCUACGCAGAGGCCUGUCCUGUGUCUGUUGUCCUGCUGUCUUUUGCAUUUGAGAUUUUGGAUGUGUACACGACAUAUACUUGCAAGCUUCCAGCUGCUGUACACCGCUGUCAAGAGUUGUUUUCCACGAAUCACCACUACCGUACAUGGUUGAGCCAGUCAGCCCCGCUCGUGUCCUUGCCAGAUAUCCUGCGCCGUCCACUCAACCAUGCGCAGUCAUACAUAAGUGCGUUUGAAGCCAUAGGACGGCGGGUGCCUGCCACACACCCCGCGGCAGCCCAGGUUUCGAAAUGCGCAUCGUUUCUGCGCCACCUCUCCGCUGUUGUCGACACCAUCGACUACGUGAAGGCGGGGGAGCUCGGGAUGAAGACUGCACACAUCAACGCCUGGAGAGGACCGACCAUGGAUCAAUGUGGACCAUUGCUGCUUACCUGCAAAGUCAAGACGAUGAGUGCGGCUCGGUCUGACUCGGCGCAACAACCAGCGACGCACUUGCUGCUGCUGUUUGCGCAACGUCUCAUCCUCAUUUCAGUAUCCAGUGUAGCCCACGGCGACAAUGUGUCCAGGCAGUACAGCCUGGAGCGAACCAUCGCACUCCACUCGCAACAGGGACCAGCCCUGCGUCGCGCCGAAGUUGAGACUGGGUUGCUUCUUCGAGGAGAGGCCGCUGCCGAGCAGCCCCUCCUGCUACUCUUCCCGUCCAGACAGGACGCAGAGCAGUGGCUCGACGCCGUCACCAUGAACCACAUGGACAGGACCGAGACGGGUGCAGAUGCACCAGCAUGGCCAGCGUCGUUCGUUCCACUCGGGGUUCAUGCAGAGGACAUUGUUGCAGUUCACGAGGCCUCGGAGUUAGAUGGUAGGCAGCAUCAGCCGGACAGCACAGAAACGGACGGCUUGCAGGAAUUUGAAGUCGUCUCUUCGUAUCUCGGAUCAAGGCAUACGACGCGGCCCCUUAAUGCCAAGACGUCAUGAUCUCCACGUCGGCAUCACUCGUCACUCAAAUUGCAACCUGGUCCUGUCGUUCUGUCUGUCUUUGAGCGCCUGUCUAUUCGUCUCACUCUCCCCCUCCCUCCCUUUCUCUGUCUCUGCCCCCCCCCCCCAUGACACACACACGCGCGUGCACACACACGCACACACACGCACACGCACACACACCCCCCUCUCUUCGAGAAGUUGUGUCGUUCGAGAACGGGUACAUCUCCAUUAAGUAACCAAUGUAAGUAAGCAGCGUCGCAUAAUGCGGUAGUAGCAAUGACAGCAACGAAUAAAUAAGUCGACGCA